UAUCUGUCUCUCUCUUCUCUUUCUUCCGAAGCUGCUUACAACUUCGUCAAUGGCGGAGCGUCAGCCACAGCAGGUGGUGGUGCAUCCAUCCCAGGUCAAGGGACAGCCCGGCGGUCUAACAGCUACCCAAAUCCUUGCCGUCGUAACCCUCCUCCCCGUCGGUGGCACGUUGCUUGCACUCGCGGGGCUGACCCUUGCCGGGUCCGUCAUUGGCCUACUUGUCACCACUCCGCUCUUCAUCAUCUUCAGUCCAGUUCUUGUCCCGGCUACCAUCGUUGUCGGUCUUGCCGUUACGGCCUUCUUGGCCUCCGGCAUGUUUGGCCUCACUGGGUUAUCGUCCCUGUCCUGGGUCUUGAGCUGUAUCCGGCAGAAAGCGCCGCAGCAGCUGGAGCAGGCGAAGAGGCGGAUGCAUGAAGCGGCAGCUACGGCUCAGCAUAGGGGAUGAAAUGGGUGAUACGGGCACAGAGUCAUAUAUAUAUAU